AUGGGCCAGUCCUCCUUCACGGCACAUUCGGCUUUUGCUAUUGAUCUCGCGCAGACAGUAGUGGGCUCCACUCAAUUGACUGGGGGCAAUCGGGAAGUUGAGACUCUUCUGGGUAUGCUGAACCAUAUUCGAACCGCAUUCACCGAGACCCACGAUCCCACAAGUCAUUUGUUUCCUCUAAUCCAAGGCCCAAUUUCUUCCGCAGAAUGUCAGAUGCCACCACUGAGCACCGUUGUUCAGCUACUGCAAAAAUGCUUCAUGUUUCUUGGCUUAUCAUUCUUGCUCAAGGCACGAAGUUUGUCGGAUUUAUGCUUGAAGGUUUACUUUACCUCAGACUACUCAGAUGCAGAGUUCAUCAUUGUCAAUGCCGCUCUUCAUUUUAUGGCCUCUGAGACCGACAUCCGGAGAACUAGCUACCAAGAGAGCACUGAGCCGGAUAGUUUGAGCUCGAUGUGUCAAAGAAAUCUUGAAAUUGCUCUCUCUAAGCUGACACUCUACGUUCAGCCUAGCUACGACAUGACUUUGGCCCUCACACUUGGUGUAAGUUACGCGGUACAUGUCUCCAAUGCAUCCUUGGCAGGAGUACUGGCAAACUCAGCGUACCAAUCCUCAUACUCUCUUGGGCUGCAUAAACAGCCCCCGGAUGGACCAAAGCAAGAGCAGUGCCUCUUUUGGAUGAUAUAUUUUUUGGAGAAAACUUUAUCGGUUCGACUUGGUCGCUCCUCUAUCAUCCUGGAACAUGAUAUUGAGACUCCCUCCGCGAAACAUUUCCGGACGGAGAACCCUCAUUUCUCUGCCUAUGCGUAUCAUACAGUGCAGGUGGCCGGGCUAGCCGGUCGAAUACAUGAGCAACUAUACUCGCCAAAGGCACUCAGCGCUUCAGACGAGACGCGGACCCAUCGAGCACUGGAGCUGUCGCAAGAGCUACACGGGUAUCAUGCACAGGCACGCAACGCAAAUCAAUUUUGGGCUGAAUCAACCAGCAAUAUUCACGAGAAAGAUCAAAUUGAAUUUACUACUGCCUCUGACGAGGUCAUGCGUCUCUCGAUGCUCACGCUGAUCUAUCGAGCCAUGCCACAGGGGCCGGGCUCUAGAACCACAUUUGGCCCGGAGUGUAUCACAUCUGCGAGAUGUGCUCUUGAGUCUCACCAGGCAGUCGUGCGAGCCUUCGGGAUGCAAGACUCGCCUUUGUUGUUGUCGUCAUAUACAAGAGACAAAGAAGACCUCACCCAAAUGCACAGCUUCCUCAAAUCGAUUGAAUCUGCCUGUCCACAUUCAAGCACAAUUACCAAGCACCAUCACCUGUUCUCGGUAUUCUACAAUGUCGCCCAGCGCUACUACGAGCUGGGGUCCCCCUCGCCUACAAUGGAGGAAGAGCAGAUGCAGCUCAGGAGUGAUGUGGAUGCACAGCUGGCUGCCCUUGGGCUGCAGACACACAUGAUGGCGGGUUCAGACCAAGAUCCUCAGCAGGGGAUAGUCGGACAGGAUGCUUCCGGCACGGCUAUGGAUCACCUUCGAGAUGAGGGUGACUGGGAGCAGGACCCAUGGCUGGCGAGGUGGUUCUCAUUUAAUCAACAGAUGAUGGGAUUGGUAGAUGGCAAAGAUCUGCCGUUUUAG